AUGGGAUUUCCCUCCCCAGAACUGAAGCUUGAAACAUUCAUUCUCAGUAUGAAGAUGUUGCUGACUUUGUCUCUCGUCCUGGUUGCAACUUGCAGUUCGGUAGCUCAGAAGCCUGCCCCAGAGUCUGCAGAUAUUGUCUUUUUGGUUGACAGCUCCGACAGCCUGGAAGACUCUUCAUUCGGCUCCUUAAAAGAUUUUAUUGCAGAAACAAUUGAUAAUCUGCCAGUAGGACCUAACCAAUACCAUAUUGCACUUGCCCAGUACAGUGAUGAUUUGCAUAGGGAGUUUCAGCUAGAUACUUAUAAUGCAAAGAACUUGAUGCUAAACCAUGUCAAGAAGAACUUUGUAUUUAGGGGUGGGUCAGUCAGAACUGGCAAUGCUCUCCAAAAGGUUCAUGAGAUAUAUUUUAAAAGACCAGCUAGUGCAACAGGAAGAAAUCAGAUUUUGGUGGUUGUGACUUCAGCAUCCUCAGAUGAUGAUGUGGAAGAGCCUGCCAAAAUCUUGCAGAGUAGUGGAGUAAAGAUCAUAGCUGUAGGGACAAAAGAAGCUCCUUAUGAUGAACUAGCUUUGAUGGCUACACCCCUGUUCUAUUACAAAAUUCCUAAGAUAGAGGAACUUCCUGUCUUUUCUCAACAUAUACCCCAAAUAAUUGAAGGUAUUAAUUUGGAUGUCAAUAGUGCAAUGCAAACAACUAUGUUUGAAGUAACUGACCUGCGUGAAGAAAAACAGCUAGAAGCUCGUGAACCUGCAGAUAUUGUCCUUUUGAUUGCUAGUUCCAGUGAACUGGGAAAUGACUCAUUCCCUUACAUUAAAGAUUUUAUUAGCAAAAUGAUAUAUGGUCUACCAAUGGGGCCAAACCAGUACCACAUUGCACUUGCCCAAUACAGCAAUGAUGUGCACAGUGAGUUUCAACUGGACACCUAUGAAGCAAAAAUCUUAAUGUUGAAUCACAUCAAAGAGAAGUUUGCAUUUAGGGUUGGGCCCUUGAAGACUGGCAGUGCUCUUCGAUGGGUUCAUGAGACCUAUUUCAAAGAAAAGACAACAGACAGAGAUCAAAUCUUGCUGGUCAUGUCUUCAACACCCUCUGUCGAUGAAGUAGACAAGCCUGCCCAGAUCUUGCAACGUGAUGGAGUAAAAGUCAUAGCUGUGGGGAUAGAAAAAGCUGCUAUUGAUGAACUAAGUUUGAUAGCUACGCAGCCAUACUCUUACUAUUUUUCCAAUGCAUGGAAGCUUCCUAUGUUUUCUCAAAACGUGUCCAAGAUUAUUGACACAAUCCAAACAGAUAUAACUGAUGCUGAUGAGGAACAAUUAGAAGUCUGUAACUUGGAUUUGCUUGCUGAUAUUGUGUUCAUAGUAGAUGAAGGUGUUAAAAAAACAGACUUUGAUACUACUAAAAAAUUCCUGAAAGACGUAAUAUCCUUUCUUGAUGUAAAGAAGGAAUGCAUAAGAAUUGGUUUGGUGACUUUUAGCACUAAGCCAGAAGUGAUAUCUUUUCUGAACACAGAAACAAACAAAGCUGAUAUUCUGCAGAAAAUAGAGGGCCUUUCUCCCAAGCCAGGGAAAGCUCAUACAGGUGCUGCCAUCAAUGCUGCAAGCAAAAGUGUCUUCAUUGAGAGUGCUGGAAGCAGAAAAUCUGAAGGGGUAGAGCAAAUAGCCGUUCUGAUCACCCACAGACCCUCACAAGAUAACGUGAGUGAUUUAGCAGCAGAGCUUAGGAGAAGUGGGGUGACUGUUUUCUCCAUUGGUAUUAGAGAUGCUAGUGUCCUCCAGUUGAAAGAGAUAGCAUCACAUCCUCGACAGCAGUAUGUUACGUAUCUAAAGGAAUUUUCUAACCUGCUGAAUCAAAAUGAAACUUUUUACAAGAAACUCUUGAAUCAAAUAAAGAAUAGGCUCUAUAGCGAGUUGGAACGAAGAGAAUCUCUCAAAACAGGAUGUGUGGAUACAGAAGAAGCUGAUAUCUAUUUCCUCAUUGAUGGUUCAUCAAGUAUUACAUAUCCUGACUUUGUGGAUAUGCAAACUUUUUUGACAGGAGUGAUUAACUUGUUUAACAUCGGACCAGAUAACGUCCGAUUUGGAGUUGUUCAGUACUCACACUUGGUUGACCUGGAAUUUGAGCUUGGUAAAUACAACACAGCAGGUGAUUUAGUGAAGGUCAUUGAAAACAUCAGGCAAAUAGGUGGAAAUACCAACACAGGAGCAGCUCUAAGUUACAUGCGACCACUCUUUGCAAAGGCAAGGAGCCAACGUGCUAGAAGAGUGCCUUGUCACCUCAUUGUUCUAACAGAUGGACAAUCACAUGACAGCGUGAAGGAACCUGCUGAUAUAUUGAGGAAAGACCAGGUUAUUGUUUAUGCCAUUGGAGUGAAAGAUGCUAAUGAAACACAGCUCCAUGAGAUUGCAGGGGCAAAGAACAGGGCAUAUUUUGUACACAAUUUUGACUCAUUGAAAGUUAUAAAAAGUGAAGUUGUUCGAGAAAUCUGCUCUGAAGAAGCUUGCAAAGAUAUGAAAGCUGACAUCAUAUUUUUGGUGGACAGUUCUGGGAGCAUUGGAGAUGAAAACUAUGUGAAAAUGAAAAGAUUUAUGAAAGAACUGGUGAACCGAUCUGACAUCAGCACACAGCAAGUGCAGAUUGGGGUUGUCCAGUUCAGUGAUGUUCCCAGGGAAGAGUUCCAGCUCAACCAAUACUCUACCAAGCGCGAUAUUGUUAGCGCUAUUGGCAGAAUGUCUCUCAUAAAUCAGAACACACAAACUGGAAAGGCACUGAAGUUUGUGGCUGAGUAUUUUCAGUCUCCCAAAGGAGCACGUCCCAAUGUUAAAAAAAUUCUUAUCCUGAUCACAGAUGGGAAAGCACAAGAUACAGUAAAGGAACCAGCAACAGCCCUACGACAGGAAGGCAUUAUUAUUUACUCAGUUGGAGUUUUUAAAGCAAAUAGAACUCAGCUAGAAGAGAUUGCUGGGAAGCCUGAGUUGGUUUUUUAUGUUGAAAACUUUGAUAUUCUAAAGGAGAUAGAAAACGAGAUCAUCUUUGGCAUAUGCAGUCCUUAUGAAAUGUGCAGAAGGAUAGAACAUCUAGAUGUUGUGUUUGUGAUUGAUGGUUCUGGAAGCAUAAGUGACUCAGAAUACCAAACCAUGAAAGACUUCAUGAUCACCGUGGUGAAAAAAUCUGAUGUUGGCCCAGACAGAGUUCAGUUUGGAGCUGUAAAAUAUUCUACCACACCAGAAACGUUUUUCCACCUUAAUAAAUUUAGUACAAAAUCUGAGAUUGUUGAGGCCAUCCAGGCAGACAAAUCGAUAGGAUUAAAUACUUACACAGCUGCAGCACUUAGCCAUUCAGAAACUCUAUUCACUGAGAGACAUGGCAGCCGCAUAAAAAAUGGAGUUCCACAGGUUCUUAUAGUGAUCACUGAUGGUGAAUCACAUGAUAAAGACAAACUUAAGGACACAGCCAAAAGGUUAAGAGACAAAGGAAUUCUUAUCUAUGCAGUUGGGAUACAAAGAGCAAACCGUGAGGAACUAUUGAUGAUGGCAGGAGCAGAAGACAAAAGUUUCUAUGUUAAUACAUUUGAAGGACUCAAAAGCCUCUCCAUAAAUGUAACAGAUGAUAUAUGCCAGGUUUCACAAUCAAAAUGUGAAAAUCCAGUAGACAUUGUUUUCUUGAUGGAUGGUUCUAAAGGUGUCGCUGAAAAAGACUUUGUGGUUACAAAGGAUUUCUUGCUAAAUAUACUUACUGGAUUCGAUGUUACUCACAAUGUCCGAAUUGGCAUCGCCCAGUAUGGUAAAAGAUUCCAAGAAGAGUUCAGCCUGAAUGUUUUUUUAAACAAAGAAGAACUAAAAGAAAAAAUUGAAGGCAUUCAACAAAUGAAAGGACGUCGAAGAUAUAUCGGUGCUGCACUUGGGAAAGUGGAGCGCUACUUCAGGCCAGGAAAAGGCAGCAGAAUAAAUCAAAAUAUCCAGCAGGUUUUACUGGUAUUUACUGGUGGACGAUCAUGCGAUAGAGUUUCUAGAGAAGCAAAAAACCUGAGGAGGAAAGGCAUUGAGAUAUAUGCUGUAGGAGUGGGAAAAGGUCGUGCACAACUUAAUCAGAUAGUUGGCACUUCAGACAGAAAAUACGCAGUUGAUGAUUUCAGUGACUUGAAGACCAUUAAAAAAAGACUAGCGGAUGAUAUUUGUAACCAACCUGCAGACUUAAUUUGUUUGGUGGAUAUUGUUGUGGGAUUUGACAUCACAUCACAAACAGAAGGCAAUGAUUUUUUUCAUGGACAGCCCAAGCUGAGAGAGAACCUUCCCAACAUCCUAAAAACCCUCACAUCCUUGAGUGGUGUGAGUUGCAACCUAGGAUCAAAAGCUCAGAGCAGUGUGGCACUGCAAGUGAAAAAUACAGUCCGUCCAGUGUCUUCCAAGUUUGAAAUUAACCCUGAAAUAAUCCUCAACAACCUGAAAAAUGUUGUGAUUGCCAAUCCCUCUUUUCUCAAUGUUGCCUUCUUGCAGUCACUUUGGAAAGCAUUUAAAAAAACAUCUGAUAAUCGAAGAAAGGUGUUACUUAUAUUUUCAGAUGGUGUGGAUGAUAACAUAGAGGCGCUUGAGGAAAAAUCAGAAGAACUCAGAAAAAAGGGAUUGGAUGCACUCAUACCUGUUGCUCUUGAAAGGGCCUCCAAUUCUGAACAACUUCAAUACAUUGAAUUUGGAAGAGGAUAUGAACGUAGAACUAUUUUAGAUAUUGGCAUGACAGAUACAGCCAGCCAGCUCUCGAAGUACUUGGCCAAUAUUACUGAAAGAACAUGCUGCUGUGUGCCUUGCAAGUGUGUUGGGGAAGAAGGUGAUAGGGGAUCUCAUGGAAAUCCAGGGAUAAAGGGACCUCCAGGUACAAGUGGACACCUGGGAUAUUUAGGAGAUGAUGGGGAGCCGGGAACAAGAGGACCUCCUGGACUGGUGGGAAGACAAGGCAAUAGGGGAUGUCCAGGUACAAGAGGUCUCAAGGGACUUCGAGGAAUUAGUGGGCAUAAGGGAUCACGUGGUGAUGAUGGGAUUGAUGGAAUUCAAGGAGAAGAGGGUGACACUGGACCUUCAGGAAACAAAGGAGAAAAGGGUGACUUAGGUUAUCCGGGCAGUACAGGACCAAGAGGACCCCCUGGUGAACGUGGCCAGAAGGGCUUUCAAGGAGAUCCUGGAAAUUCUGGAUCGAUUAGUGAGAUAAAAGGAUCUAAAGGCAUAAAAGGAGACCAAGGAAAAGCGGGUGAAAGAGGACCAGGGGGAUCACCAGGCUUGCCGGGAUCUGGGAACUUCAUAGGAGCAACAGGUCUAAGAGGACAACCAGGAUCAGAGGGUGGGAAAGGAACUCCUGGUCAGAAAGGUGUCCAAGGAGAGCAAGGAUUCAAAGGACCUCAGGGGCCCAGGGGGAUUCAAGGUAUGAAAGGAGAGAAAGGAGAACAAGGAAAUAAAGGUUUUCAGAGUAUACCAGGAGCUGUGGGUGCUAAAGGGAGUACUGGACAUCCUGGGAUGCCAGGAAGCAAAGGAGAACCUGGCAAUGCAGGAGUGAAAGGAGAGCGUGGACUACCCGGUCAACGGGGAAGGCAGGGAGAAGAUGGCCCUACUCAGUAUGGUAGACUGGGAAAUAAAGGAGCAAAGGGAUAUGGACUGCCUGGAGAUUUCGGACCAAAGGGUGAAGUUGGGAAUCCUGGCCUUCCAGGGAAAACUGGACCAAAGGGAAACAGAGGAAAACUGGGUGUUGCAGGUCCUGUCGGUCAAAAGGGUCUUGAAGGAGACUGGGGACCUCCUGGACACAGGGGUGCUAUCGGAGAAAAAGGCCCAGCUUCAUUUUCUCCAUGUGAACUCAUUGAAUAUGUGCGCAAAAAUAGCCUUUGUUGGAGUGGAAAACGGGAAUGCCCAGUAUAUCCGACAGAAUUGGCAUUUGCUUUAGACUUAUCCCAGGAUGUCAGCCCUCAGAUAUUCCAAAGAAUGAAAGACAUAGUAAUAUCAAUAGUGAAUGACCUGAAAAUCAGAGACAGCAACUGCCCAGUUGGAGCCAGAGUUGCUGUUCUGUCCUAUAAUUUGCAUGCCGACUACCUGAUCCGCUUCUCGGAGGUCUACAGCAAGAAACAGCUUCUUAAUGAACUGAAAAAUCUGGAUUAUCAGAGAUCCUCAGGUGGACGGGAUAUUGGCAGUGCUAUGAGAUUUGUUGCCAGGAAUGUUUUCAAGCGAACCCUCCAAGGUCCUAAUGUGAGAAAAAUAGCAGUGUUUUUCAGCAAUGGGCCGUCUGCAGAUGCAUCUGCCAUUAACACAGCAGUUCUGGAGUUGAGUGCGCUAGAUGUUGCUGCAACAGUUAUUGCAUUUCAGGAUCUACCUAGCAUCAAUCGUGCGUUUGCGGUGGAUGAUUCUGGAUUGUUUCAUGUAAUAAACAUUCCUGUUGAAGGAGAUUAUAAACUACUCUUAAAAGGACUUCAUCUCUGCACUCUUUGUUAUGACAAAUGUAAACCAGAUGACCUUUGCAAGCGUCCAAGAGCCCUUUCACGGCGGGCCUAUGUGGAUGCGACUUUCAUUUUGGACAGCUCCCAGAAAAUGAGCAAUGCUGAAUUUGGGAAAGUAAAAGACUUCCUGAGCAGAUCACUUGAUGUCUUUGACAUUUCCUCUAACCCAGGAGCUGUUUCUACAGGUGAUAGAGUGGCAGUGGUGAGCCAUGCUCCCCCAGGUUUCAAGCCCAAGAAUCGAAAGAGCCCAGUAAAGGUUGAGUUCAGUUUAAUCGCCUACAACAGCAAAGAUGUAAUGAGGAAUCAUAUUGAAAAAUCUCUUCAACAGCUGAAUGGAGAAGGUGCUCUUGGCCAUGCCAUGGAGUGGACAAUGAAAAAUAUUUUCUCAACGGCUCCCAAACCAAGAAGCCACAAGGUUAUUAUUGUUAUAUCUGCUGGAGAAACAAGUCCAUGGGACAGGGAAAUAUUAAAGAAGGCAUCUGUGAGAGCCAAGUGCCAAGGAUAUGCUGUGUUUGUAAUUUCAUUAGGACAGUUUCAUAAUGCCAAAGAAGUGGAAGAGCUCACUAGCAUUCCCUUGGAACAGCAUUUGGUUCAGCUCGGUAGAACUCACAAACCUGAGCUUGACUAUGCGGAGAAGUUCAUGAAAGCAUUUGUACAUCUCCUCAGGGGUACAACCAAGAAGUAUCCACCAGAAGAGUUCAAGAUAAAAUGUGACAAGUUCAACUCUGAGCCAUUGACCUGUAUGGCUGGGAAGUGAGAGACUAUCAGAAGGAAGGAGGAAAUUAAAGAAAUAAACUCAGCAUGGUUCCAGCAUGAAAAUAAAUUCUGUAUUUAUGUUAUCUGACUUCCCCUUACUGUCCUCUACCAUGUUGCGCAAUACACUUGGGCAUGUUCUGUCAAAUACCUACCUAAUUCUCCCACUUGCUAUUUUUUUAA